UCACGUAAACAAGUAGCGGCCUAGCUAGCCUACCCUUGCAUUCGAGCAAUGAUGGUUUUUCUUUCAACACAGUAGCGGGUCCCCACUCACCCAGCCAUUGGUGGAAAUUUUUGAAGCAGCGCGCCCGUUUGGAAUAACGACAAAGAGGCUUCCCAAAACAAAAACCAAAAAGAUAAAAAGAAAAUAAACACACAAAUGCCGUGCCAGCCGAUUAGCCGACACGAAGCCCCAAAAUUUCUCUAGCACAAAAAAGGAAGACUGGAAGAAAAGAAAAAGUCUCUCUCUCUCUCUCUCUCUCUCUCUCUUUCUCUGUCAAUUUCGAAGCUCGUUUAUAACGGGGAGUAGCCGGUAAACCGGCGGGCAGAAGCCGGUUACUAAGAAGAGGUCGCCGUACGGGUGGUGGGCGCAUGGGUCGGACUUUGCCGUUGCCUGUUUCUCCAAGUCCUCGGCCUGGCCAUGGCAGUUGGUAAUGCAUUUAUAGUGUGUGAGUGUGAGUGAAAGUGUUGCUCUCUCUCUCUCUUUUCUUCCUUCUUCCUCCUAUUUUAUUUUCUCUCUCUCUCAUCAUCCGUCCGUCCCUUCUCUCCUUCCUUUGCUCCUCUUCCCUCCUCGAUUCCUGUGCUCUUCUUCUUCCGGCAGUUUCAAAUUCCUCUCCUUCCUUCUCCUCUCUCCUACUCCAUCGACGACGAUCCGGCCACUUUUCCGAGACGGAGGCGGUUGAUAAUUUUGUUGCAUUCUUUUUCUGCUUGGUACAGGUAAUCCAAGCUUUAACUCCAUAUGUUUGUUUUCAUUUCUCAUUUCAGUUAUCUUCGUUGUUCGAUUAUGGCGGAAUUCCUUCUUCUUUUUGAAUUUAUUUUACUGCGAUUCCGGUCUAGCAAGAAACUUCUCUUAUUUGGGUUUUUGGGGUAAUUGGAGACAUCGACUAGAAAGCUUUGCUGAAUUUGUGCCGAUUGGCAUUGUAUAAUUGGUUCUGAUUGAUUUCGCAGUUGUUUUUCAUUUUGGGGGGAAAGAACAUUGGAAAUUUGGAAUCAAUCAAAAAGCAUUUGUUAAUUGUAUUAACAACCUUAUUCAGGUGGAUUUUUUGGACUGUUCUUGACGAAGAGAGAGACUGGGAGGGGAAUUUAUAAAAAAAAAAAAAAGCGCACACACACAGACACAAACAAAGCAAGAAUGUUUUUCUUUGUUGCAGGGUUGAGUGUAAUGCUAUUGCAGCUUGGAAGAUGAAUUUUUAUUAUUAUUUUGGAGAAAGAAUCAUCUCGUCUCUGUUCUUAUCUGAAUCAAAACAGUAGUAGUGUAGUGUGUUUCAUUUAUUGCCUUCAAUUCUAGUCCGUGAUUCCACAUUUUCAAAUUAAAAAACUUUGGCUUCUCUCUCUCUCUGUCUACCCUCUAAUCUAUCUGUCUCAAAGAUGGCUGAUAAUAAAUAUUGGGGAUUGUCUGUUUCAUCUUCUUUUCCCUGACAGGCAUCCAUCCAAUUGCUUCUUCUGGGCUCUGUACACCGAUUUACUCUACUCCACUCUACUCCCUGACUGCAGCUCGGAAUUUUUACAACUUGAGCGCUGUUGAUCCAGAAACCCAAAUGAGUGUCUGAAAACCAUUUCGCCAAUUAGCAAUCACCCAUUAAAAAGCCCCCUCUGCUUCUUGUUGACACGAUGAAAAUUCCGUGCCUUUCGGGAUUGCUGGAUUAGGGUUCUUCUGGGGAUUAAGAGGCGGGUGUGAUUGUUGUGAGUUUCUUCUGCUAUUGGGUUGGGGGGGGGGGGAUUAGAGAGGGAGAAAAGAUACAAAAAAAGGUAUGCUGGAGGCCAGUGAGCUUUGCUCUGCUCGCAUGCUUUCACCUUUUAGGGACGAGAGUGGUGAUGAAGAGCUCUCCGUCCUGCCGAGGCACACCAAGGUCGUUGUCACUGGAAACAACAGAACCAAGUCUGUUCUUGUGGGCUUACAAGGCGUGGUCAAGAAAGCUGUUGGCCUUGGAGGCUGGCAUUGGCUGGUCUUGAAAAAUGGGGUUGAAGUGAAGCUGCAAAGGAAUGCACUUAGCGUACUGGAGCAUCCAACGGGGAACGAAGUGGGAGAUGAAGACGAUCUUGAUCUGUACAACAGCAGUGGCUCUGACAUUGGUGAAAAGGACCAUGAUUUCUAUAACGGCAGCCAGUUCCACAGAUUCAGCAAGCCUAGAGUUCGUCCGGCAGCAGCAAAGCACUCGUCCUGCUAUCCACCUGCAGCAGCUAAGUCGACGAAUCACAUCAGUUUUAGGGAUGUUCAGUCAAUUAUCCGUUCAUCUCAGAGAAAGGUGAACUUGGUGAAACUAGGGAAGGACUCGUUAUGGAGAUACUGCAAGCAUUACAAGCUGGCUGGCAUCAACAUAGAUUCACCGAGGGAACAGAUGCUCACCGUUGUGCAACAGCAUUUCCUUUCAAUGUUGCAGCAGCGACUGAACGAGAAGGACGUGAUCAUGGGAAUCGUCAUGCACUCAGCCAGGAGACGGAAACAGUUUGCAAAACCACCAGCCGCGAAGUGAGACGAGACUGAAUCAGUGAUGGAAGGCUGCUACUACUCAUUGUAACUAUUAGGAGAGUGAUAAUAACCCUAACCAUCUUUAUUUAGAUCAGGUCUAAUUGCAUGUGCUGAUGAUACUUGGGAGAUGACCUUUCUUUGCUCCUCUCCCUGGAUUCCAGAACUGACCAAUUUGGUCCCACCUUUCAUGUCCAUGGUUGGCUAUGAGAACUCUAGGUAUUUAUCAUAGGCUUUGUGAAGAACAAGUACUGCAAUCGUGAGAGCAGUUCGCUGUAGAUAUUUUGUUGAUAUGAUGAGAUCAAUAUUUCCCAGGUUGACAUUUUUCUUUUCGAAAUCGUCGUACGUUCAUGAUCACAAUCGUCUUUGAUGAAUUUGUC